UUAAUUUAAACCAAUUCAUCAAAACACAAAACCAAGCACUGAACCCACCAAACUCAGAACCACAUCUUGGUCAACUUUCAAGCAAACACCACAUCGAUCGAUCAUGUCAACUAACAGUAAUUUCCUUGAUAAAGCAUGUGAAAUUGUUAGAACUGCAAUAGAUGAAGAUCUUAAACAGAAUUGGGAAGAAAGUUUAAAAUUAUAUAAAAACGCAUUAGAUUAUUUUCAUAUGGCAUAUAAAUAUGAAAAGAAUCCGAAAUUAAAAGAUUUAAUUAAGACUAAGAUGGAAGAAUAUUUAGAAAGAGCCGAAAAAUUAAAAACUCAUAUUCAAAGUUCUGAGAAUCAUAAACAAGGUAAACAAGCAGUUGGUGCAAAUGGAAAACAAUCAGGUAAUGAUGAUCAACCAACUCAGAAUGGUGAAGGAGAUGAUGCAGAAACCAAAAAACUAAGAGGAGCUCUAAACGGUGCGAUCCUAGCCGAAACUCCUAAUGUGAAAUGGGAAGAUGUAGCAGGCCUAGAAGGAGCCAAAGAAUCAUUGAAAGAAGCAGUGAUCCUACCUAUCAAAUUUCCACAUCUCUUCACCGGUAAACGUACACCUUGGAGAGGUAUACUUUUGUAUGGACCACCGGGAACAGGGAAAUCGUAUUUGGCUAAAGCUGUGGCGACUGAAGCUAAGAGUACUUUCUUUUCGGUUAGUAGUUCUGAUUUGGUGAGUAAAUGGAUGGGAGAAAGUGAGCGAUUGGUUAAACAACUCUUUACAAUGGCAAGAGAAAACAAACCAGCGAUUAUCUUUAUUGAUGAAGUCGAUUCACUUUGUGGUGUAAGAGGUGAAGGUGAAUCAGAAGCAGCACGUCGAAUCAAAACUGAGUUUUUGGUUCAAAUGAAUGGAGUUGGAAAUGAUUCUGAAGGAGUCUUGGUCUUGGGUGCCACUAAUAUUCCUUGGGCACUUGAUAUUGCGAUUCAAAGAAGAUUUGAAAAACGGAUUUUUAUUCCUUUACCUGAUUUAGAUGCAAGAAAACGAAUGUUUGAAUUGAAUGUAGGAAACACUCCUUGUACUUUAACUCAACUUGAUUAUCGUCAACUUGCUAAUCAAUCACAAGGGUAUUCGGGUUCGGAUAUUGCUGUGGUGGUUAGAGAUGCUUUGAUGCAACCUGUUCGUAAAGUCUUAAGUGCAACUCAUUUCAAAUGGGUGAUUACAAAAGAUUCAGAAGGAAAACAAAUCAAGAAACUGACACCAUGUUCACCAGGAGAUGUAGGAGCAGAAGAAAAGACUUGGUCAGAUUUAGAAGCUGAUGAAUUAUUAGAACCUGCAUUGAACUUGAAUGAUUUUAUUAGAGCUAUUCGAAAUACGCCUCCUACUGUUAGAGAAGAAGAUGUGAAGAGACAUUAUGAGUUUACUAAUGAAUCAGGUGCUGAUGGUGCUUGAGUGGGAGAUUUUUUUGGUUGUGUGUGUGUGUGUUAGAGAUGGAAGAGAUAGGUUUUGGGAUGUAAUGUGUGGUUUGUUUUGAAUGAAAAGAUUGUAUGAUCAUUGAAGAUUUUUGAUUUUUCUUUGUCUUUGAGUUUCUUUUUUUGUGAUAAGAAAUUGAAAUUAGUUGAAGGUUUUGAAAGGUACAUAAUAAGUUUUUUUGAAGAUAACCAUGUAUGUUUAGAAGAUAUUUGAUCAGAAUGUAGAUAGAUAUAGUUUGGAUUAGUGUUUUGAUUUUAUAUUUUUCAUUUUAUGACUGGAAUUUGUUUUUCAUAAGAAUUCAACUUGAGUCAAACAU